AACCAGUUCUUUUAUGCAUUUGUUACAUAUCAAAUUAUCAACAUAAAAGACCAUUGGUACAAAUAAAGCUGUACAACUACAAUAGGAGAUCCUAAUCUCAUCAAUGGCUAGAGUAUUAUGUGCUUCUGUUUUCAUCCUUCUGCUUUCCAUUCUUUCAGUUGGAUUUCUAAGAAUGGGUCAAGCACAGAAAACUUGGUGUGUGGCAAAACCAUCAUCUAGCGAGGCGACUCUAUUAGAGAAUAUUAACUAUGCUUGCUCAAAAGUGGACUGUAGUAUCUUGCAAAGAGGCGGGUCUUGUUAUGCGCCGGAUAAUGUGGUCAAUCAUGCAUCCAUAGCCAUGAACUUAUACUAUCAGUCCCAAGGAAGAAACAGUUGGAACUGUCAGUUUAAGAACUCCGGUCUCGUUACAAUGAGUGACCCAAGUUAUGGAGGCUGCACGUAUAGCUGAAAGACGCCAAAGAUGUUAUUACAAUAGAUGAAUAUUUCUAUUUAAUUUCAAAUAUAGUUGCUAAUUAACUAAGAAUACGAUGGGUUGAAAUCAAAAUUGUAAGCUUUAUGAAUACUUCUAUUUAAUUUCAGAUAUAGUUGCUAAUUAACUUUUGGUUUUAUUGUUAAGCUGUUUGCCCUGUUCAAUCGCAAGCUUCAGAAUUCAGAA